GCACCAUUUUCAAUUUCGUCCAUAUAACACAUUUUUCUCACCUCUUUCUCAAUCGCUCUCUUUCUCUCUCUCCCACACACAUCUCCAUGGCGAAUACAAACAGUGAUGAACAUAGCAACGUGAGAUCAUCAAUCAUGGAAUGGAAACAAAUGCACCCUCUUCAUCAAAUAGCCGAAACACCAACCCACAAACUCCUAUUAAAGCAAUGGCUCAAAGAAGAAGAACUCAUCAACGGACGCAUAGCUUUAAAAGAAACCCAAAUAGAUUCAAUCCGAAAAGAGAUCACAAUGCUCUACAUCUUCUUCUUCCUCUUCCAUUCAACCACUCUCAUGCUUCUCUUCAACUCUUCAUCAUCUUCAACAACAACAACACCUAGCAAAGCCUGUCAGAAAUCGUGGGUUCCGUCGCUAAGUUCUUUGUUGUUUUCGUUGGGGUUUAUAUGGGCUUUAAGGUAUAAGAGUGACGUGGAGGGUCAUAUGGAGAAGAUGCUUUGUAGGGAGAAAGAGGAUAGAGGGUUGUUGAGGAAGUGUUCGGAGGAGUUGAAGAAGAAAGGUUUGGAAUUUGAUUUGUUGAAGGAAGUUGAUGCUUUGAGGAGAGCUAAGAGUUUGAGAGUUGAAAGUAAAGAGGUUAGGAAAUGGUCUUCAAGGGAUUUUGUUUCUUUGUUUUUCUUUUCAAUGGCUUGUUUGUCUCUUGCUGUCGUUAGGGUUAUUUUAUGCAGUUAGGUAUUUGGGUUUUAUGGGUUGGCAGAAGAUUUUGGGAUCUGCCAAUUUGGGUUUGGUGAUGGGUUGGUAGAUGCAGAAUGUACUGUUCUGCUUUUCUUAUUUCUAAUUUUGAUGUAAUUUGAGAAUAUUAAGUGAAAUUCAUUAAAUAAAAAUAAUUGCUUUA